CAAAAUCACCGUGUACGUGUAAACGGCCUCCCAGUGUGAUCUUAGUCAGUCAUGUGACCCGCGUCACGGCCGUCGUCAUGGUCGUCAUAGCCCAUGCCGCACCCUGGCUUGUGGCUGCGUCAAUACCGCCGCCAUCUUGCCUAGGUGCUUUGACUGGUUCAGAUCCGUGUCAGAUUCUGCAAAAAUGCCACAUUUUUGCUCUGCAUUUGGGUGUACGAACGAGAGAAGUGUUAAAACCAAGCAGAAGGGAAUAACAUUCCACAGUUUCCCAAAAAACACAGAUAGGAGACGGGCAUGGGUAGCAGCAGUGAGGAGAAAGGACUUUGUUCCAAGUGACUCCUCAGUCAUCUGCAGCUGUCACUUCAGACCUGAGGACUUCGACAGGACUGGGCAGACUGUCCGUUUAAGGGACGGAGUGACUCCCUCUGUAUUCAAUUUUCCCGAGUAUCACUGCAAAGUGCCCAGUACAUCCAGGUCAACCAGGACAUCCCAAGCUGCUCUACAAAGUCCUGAUGUUCAGGUUCAGCCACCAGACAACCAGGAGGAGUCAACCUCAGAUCAUCAGUAUGCCCUUGACCUGAUUGAUGUUAAACGGAAGUUAACUGAGGCACAGGAGAGGGUGGAUGAAUUGCAGAGAAAAUUGCGAAAUGCCAAGGAUCGAGAAAGAAGGCACACUAAAACAGUGAAAUCCCUGCUCCAGGAUUUAAAAGAGAAAAAGCUGCUUACAGAGGAACUGCAGCAC